AGUGCCGGUCCAAACAUCGCCAAGACAAGCAACGUCGCGACGUUGUUCCGAUCGAUCGACUGUUGCCGCAACGACAAAAAAGAUUCAACCGUUCUUCCAGAACGAUGUCACGAUUUUCGAGAAUCCUGCUCGUCUUGUUUCUCGCGACGAUCGCGAUCGCGCACGCAAAACCGACCAUUUACAAACGGAACCAUGACAAUGUCUUCGAGCCAGUGAUGGUACCAGUUUCGUCUACGGUAAUUCCUCUUCCUGUCUACAAAGUGGUAUACGGUCUAGGAGUUCUACCAAAGGAUAAAAAGACCCAAUCCUCGUUCAAGCCUGAGGGUGGUGUAAAACUGAUAACGAAUAAAAAGGGUCAAGAAAAGAAAACGUAAGAUCGUCGACGACAACGCGAACAAGUUGAUCUUCCCCCGAUCGCAGCGUGACUUCCGUUGCAAACGAGACGAUGAAUAUUUCCAAUUUCCGUGGUCGAGCGAAGGUCCAUCAUCGACGAAGCGACGUAGAUUCAUUAACGUUACGCUGUGAUAUGCG